AUGGGCACGAACGCGACAGGGAGGUGUCUGGUGUGUUAUGCGGAGACGAAGAACCGGUGCUCGAAGUGUGCGGGUGCGGGGGUGGACCUCUUCUUCUGCUCGCCGGAACACCAGAAGCUCGCCUGGCAAGGACAUCGACUCUUCUGCGGACCGUCCGCCUACCAAGUCGUCUUUCCUGGACUGUCAGACGAGGAGCUUACGGCCGUCUUCGAGAACCUCUACAAGCCGCAGUCGAAGCCUGACGGCGGCCUAUUCAGGCCCGCUAACAUCUUCAGCCUCGACGGACAGAUAACGCCUGAGCUUCUCGAGGGCUUCAUCCGAGAAGAGCUCAUCAAGACCGCACCAAGGCACCAGGAGAGUUCACCUCAAUACCUCUUGAUGCGCCUGCGCACGAUCUAUCCUCUCGAAUCACUCUCUCUCCCGGCGCAGCUGCUCAGCCAGUUCUCCAAGGUUAUGGACCGCUUUGUCGCUCGGGGGAUGAUCUCGGAUGCGAUGUUGUCGCACCCAUGGUCGCACUGCGAACUCCUCCACCGCCUCUUCACUGUCAUGACUCUGACCGAGCACGAUCGCAAGCUCCCGACCCCCAAGGACGUUCCGGCCUUCACUUUCUCGGGACCGACCUUGAACUCGUACCGAGCGCUUCGCUGGUUCAUCGAGGACGAGUUCGAAAAGGCGUUUGCCGCGCAGGCUUUUGAGAUCGUCGAGUCGCACUUUUACGGUCUCAACGCUCUCGACAAAGUGCUGGCGAAGCAGUCUCAAGUUCAGCAGGUAUAG